GCGAGCAGCUGCCUACAUCGUCGUACGAUAUUGAUGUUCGCUUUUCGUGUUCAGCGAACGCCAGCAGUAGUAAAUUGAACAAUGUUCCAGUAGCCAGCUAUCCACCCAACCUUUUCUUCGCCGGAGGUCAAUGAUCAAGCGCCGUCUGGUUCGCGUUUUCAAAAGCAGUGUCGAAGGGCUCCGCAGUGGCGACAGCCCUAGGGAACAAUUGAUCGGUGUUCGACAGGGAAUAAAAAAGAGUUUUGUGUUCCGGCAAUCCGUCCUGUGUUUCGCAACAGCCAGCGAGCUGUUUACCAGGAAGUGUCGCUUAGUUCGACAUCUCUACCCGCGGGCCCUCUAAGGGCGAAGCACCGAGCAGCAGCUGUGUCGAACCUAAUUUCCUUGGAAGUGUAAGGGACAAUGCUUGAGAUUUUUCCCACAACGAGCAGGCGGUGCACAAGUGGAGCAUCUGUUUUUACCCGUCACUCGCGCUUCGGUAGCUGAUUCGGUCGACAUUUAGCACGGGGCGUGUGUUUGUAUGUGUGCGCGGUAGUGUUUCGUUCCUUUGUGUUUUUUUUGGUUUAAUGUGCUCUUUUUUUUAAAAAAAUCAUCCUCAACGGGUCGUGUCUUUGGUUGAAAAAUAAAAGCCCACGACGGUGCUGAGGGCUACCUUUCGUUGGCACGCAGUCUAGUCUGGAACGUUUCCAGCAAACCGGAAACGGUGACCGUGCCGUCGUUAGUGUUGGUGGCCACCAGCGCGCAUUCCUGUCACCAAACUGGUCUCGCGAUCCGCGAUCAACGCAAACCAACAGUCAAACGGGCGAUCGUCCAUCACCUUGACGCACACCAACACACACACACUUGCAGCCCCCAGCGCCCACACGGGGGUUGACAUCGAGGCGUAGUGACAGUCAAUCAACUCCAGGGGUGUGAUUUGGGGUGCCCUGAAAGAACUGAUCUCAGAUCCUAUCCAUCCGAGCACCGAAGGCACAGGCUUUGUUCGCCGUCGGAACAGCCGGCCGGUCGGAACACACCAGGGUGGUGCAAUGUGGAAGUGUCACAAAUGUGGCAAACCCGUCUUCUUCGCGGAACGCAAGCAGUCGCUCGGCUACGAUUGGCAUCCGGAAUGUUUGCGGUGUGAGGAGUGUGGCAAGCGGCUCAACCCAGGCCAGCACGCUGAGCAUAAAGGCGUGCCGUACUGUCAUGUGCCUUGUUAUGGAGCCUUGUUUGGGCCGCAGCUAUUCGGCCAUGGCACCCGGGUGGAGUCACACAAGAGCUUCGGCCAGCCGGACCAGAAAAAGCAGGCCAUUCAGCGAUCGCCCGCCGGACCGACGGUACCACGGGGUCAUCUCGAGACGAAGCUACGCUGCUACAACCAGUUCCACAAUAGCCGCAGCAUGGAGAUACGGAGCCGCGAGGUGAAUGGGCGGCUGGUGCUCGAAGGUGCAUUGCGCAUCUACUGGGGCGUGCAGGGCAUGAUCCACCUGAAGGAGGACGACGACCAGCGGACGGUGGUGACGGUGCGCAAACGCAACUCCUACCGCCAGAGCACCCCGGUGUCGCUGAUAAGUGCGGCGGGUGGCGAGAAGGGAAUGGCGAGCGACGAUGACGAGCCGGAGGAAGGGAAGGACGUUGCUCGCCAGCCAGCAUCGAUGACAUCGAGCUUGACGGAACCUACGGCCGACAGCAACAACGAUACGACGACGAUUUCGGAGAGCAUCUCGUACGACACGCUCAGUCUGUCGUCGGAGCUGAACUCGAAUUUCGACGCGUCCUCGAAGCCGAACUCGUCGGCCGAGUCGUCGAAGGAAACGUCCCCCAGUCAUGCGGCGUCGGCGGCUGCCAAAUACGUGACGCUUCCGCCGAAGUUGGGCGUGAAGCAGCUCGAUUGGGACGAAAUCGACGAGCUGCUGCAGGUCGAGCGGAAGGUGGACGGAGGCGAGAAGCUGUACCGCACGAUGCCAUCGCCGCUGCCGGGCGACCGCAGUCUGGCGAGCGAGAGCAGCAUCACCGACACGGACUACAAGACGCUUACGCCAAACAGUGGCACCGAGCUGGGCAGCUCGUCCGGAGACAGCAGCGAUCGGACGACAACCGGCGGGCCGGAUGCGUCGACAAGCGUCGGUACCACCACCGACGACGAGUUCCGGACGCCCGAGGCGACGCUCCGCUCGCACGAUUACGAGGCGUUCAAGCGGCAGAUCAGUCGAGAGUUUGCCAACGGUGCGGCCGAGAUGGGCACGACCGACGGGACGCUCAAGUUGAACCAGCCGAUCGAUCCGGCGCGCAUCAACGACUCGCUCAAGCUGUACAACGACGGUGUGAUGAACCGCAGCCUUUCGGACGAGCAGUGUCGGAACGUGUUCUCGCUUCCUGCUUCCAAUAUUACGGGUUCGUUCCACGUCGAAGGCCAGCACAGUGUUAGUGGAAGUAUUGAUGACGACGAUGUACCGACACUGCGUCAUCCAGCGAACGGAGGAGGACCCCAGAACCAUUUGCAACGUAGUCAUUACACGCGGCACUCAAACGGUGCCGGCACCGGUCAGAGGAGAACCCAGCAGCCACCGGAUGAUUCGUCCAACGCCACCACUAAUGGUCCGGGAGGUGAUGGCGGUGGUGUUACAUCGCCCGGCACGGAUACCGACAGCUGGACAGCCGAUCGCGGGCUGCUGCGCUCGAAGUCACAGGGUAACCACUACUCAGGCAACAGCUUCAUGGACAGUGACGCCGAUGAUGCUGGCUCGGAAACGCUGAAACCGUCCGCCGGACCUCCAGCGUCCAUCCAUAUCCGCAUGGAUUGCUACGACGAGCUCGAGAGCGUCUCAUCCUCGACCCGGGGUCACGGGUUGCCGAAUGACAUCCCGGCGACGGCGCCACACCCAGCCACGGCCAUGGCGGCGUCCCACGAGUAUAGCACGAGCAUCAGCGGCCACCCGGUGACGGAUGAUGGCGUCGUCUUGCGCAAGCCACCGAAGACGGGCUCCACCGCCAUCAAGCGGCGCUCGGGAAAUCGGCGCUCGCGUACCAAGCUGAAGCGCCGAUGCUCGAUCAACGGUCACUUUUACAACCGUGAAACUUCCUUCUUCACUCCACCGUACGGUUCGCAGAUGAACGUGUGGGUCACCUCGCUGGUCAACACACAGGAGGUGAUUAAUCUUCUACUGGAAAAGUAUAAGGUGGAAUCACGGGCGGAAAAUUUUGCACUCUUCAUCGUGCGCGACAAUGGCGAGCAGAAGAAGUUAAAGGAGGACGACUACCCGCUAGUGACGCGCGUCAUUCUCGGUCCGCACGAGGACAUCGCCAAGCUCUUCCUGAUGGACGGCCAGCAAACGCAAGAGAUAAGCAGCGAGGUGGCACAGUUUCUCAAUCUCUCCAUUCCGGAGUGCCGUGCCAUCCUGGGCCGAUACCACGAGGAGGAGCAGCGUGAACUUCAUCGAAUACGGUUAAAAUUUGCCGAGCUACGCAAACGUAUCAUUCAACGGAUGGAAUCGCUUAAAGUUAGGCUGUAAGAAUGCGAGCAAAUGGAACAAUAAUAAGGUAAAGCAGCAGCGUAUUUUUUCCGUAACGGUGCCGAAUAUUCUUCGCAAAGGACGCAGUUGAAGCAAUCAAUCGAAUAGUAAUGAUAUUGUUGAUGUUUGUUUGUUAAAGACAGACCUUCCUCCCCCCACCCUUCAAACGAUAGAUAGCGCGAUAGAAAAUGAGUGAUAGUGUGCACCGGUCGGGGGUGAAAAGUACGCGUAUCAGCAGGACCGAACGUAUUGUGUGACCCUUAUCCCCCCCCCCCAAAGCCCCAGAUAGUGUGUAACCUCUCAGUGUAUAGUAUUUUUGUGUACCGUUUGAUACCGUUUAACUGUUCAGGACAUCGUGUUGUAGGUUUUAAUUUUUUGUCUCUUGUUUUUUUUUCAUGAUCAAAACGUGACUAUAGUCAUUUUUAGUAAACAUUUCAAAUCACGUAAUGAUAUUGUUGCAAGAAAGCGGUAGCCCACGGGCCACUUAAGAUUUUUGUUUUGGUGCCACACAUUCAUGCUGGGUUGUUUUUUGUCCGUUUCAACGGUUAGUGAGAGUGAGACACUUUCGAUACGCAACGAUAUGAAGCUUUCGAGAAGGGAAGGGUUCCUUGGGAGGGAACUGACGGUGAUGAGGUGUAGAAUGCUCCCGUGGGGUGCCAUCCGCAGCGACUGCGGUGGCAACUUUCAACUAAUCAAGGGAGGUAUCAAUUCGAAGCGAAGGAAAAGUUCGCGUGUAUUGUAAGAAGUGUAGUAGCUCUUAGUCACUCUAGAACAAAACGACCGUCUAUCGGCGUUCGGCGGUGACGAACACAAUCAUCUCAGAGAUAUUUUACCCAAGAAGACUCAGAAUAAGCCUUAUCCGAGCACGCUUCGCCAGUAUUCGAUCCUAGCGGGUCUCGGUCGCGUUUGUGUGGAAAGGGGAGUUGCGUGGUACGGUGUGGUGUGUGCAGAACGCAGAGGUGACGAUAAGCAGCGGCGGGUUUUUGAACGAGUCCCGCGGGCGGAGGACACUGUUAGUGCGACGGUCGGCUCAAAAAUCCGCUUUCUUCCUAUGCUCACUGCAUGAUACCAAUAUGACUGAACUCAUCCCGCGCGUGCCAAAAAGCGUUGCGCGCACUCAAAAAAGUCUUAUCAACCUAGUAGCGUUAGCGAUUAGGCAAAUCUCAUGCAAAGCUACGGCGAUAGUCGAAAACGAAAGUUAAAAUAAACAAAGAGCAAUUGUACGAAAGCAAUGUGGCUACCAAGAGCUAUGUAAGAUAUACAAAGAACAAUCGGUAGACGAAGGAUACAAGGGAUGUGCAAAAUGAGCGACCGAGGUACCGUAGAGCGCUCUUUUUCCAACGUAAAAAAUAUCAGCUUAGAGUGUUCGUAUUAUUGCCCCAAGUUGCUUCAACAAAACGAUACGGAUUGCCUACAGGCAAAGUUAAUCUCGAGGUGAGAGCAGGCAUUACUAGAAUCUCCCGAGUAUGGCGAAAAGGGGUGAACGAGUAGUGAAUGAGCGAUAGUGGAACUUAAUUAUUAAAGGAAAAUAUAAGGCAAUGAUCAAUAUUUCGCAUA